UCUGCCAGCGGUCUCACCGCACGACUAUUGAACAUCUGCUCCCUAUCACCUGCGAGCAGUUCCACCACAACCACCCCCAGCCAUGAGAUCCCACGCGGUGCUUGCACUCGUGCUGUGCAUCUUCGCUGCAUUCGCCGCUGCCUGGACUAAAGAAGACCAUGAAAUCUUCCGCCUUCGUGACGAAGUCGCCAAAGUCGAGGGCCAAAAUGUCACUUUUUACGAUCUCCUCGGUGUCAAGCCCAACGCGUCGCAGGACCAAUUGACCAAAGCCUUCCGCAAGAAGUCGCGCGACCUCCACCCUGACAAGGCCCGUCAGACAUUCGUUGCCAACUAUGCGAAGAAGAACAAGAAGAAGGGAACUUCUGUCGGCAAGCAGCCAUCAAACAGGGAAAUCGAGGCUCAUGUGCAAAAGGUCACGGCCGCCUACCAGAGGCUAUCGGUUGUCGCCAAGAUGCUUCAGGGCCCCGAACGCGAGCGUUAUGAUCACUUCUUGAGGAACGGUUUCCCUGCAUGGAAGGGCUCCGGAUACUACUACGACCGCUUCCGCCCUGGCCUUGGUUCCGUCAUUGUCGGUCUUCUUACUGUCUUUGGUGGUGGAUUUCACUACUUCGCCCUCGUCAUGGGAUGGAAGCGCCGCAGGGAGUUUGCUGAGAGGUAUAUCCGACAAGCACGCAAGACUGCGUGGGGCGACGAGAGUGGCCUCCAGGGUAUUCCAGGCAUCGACGACACUCCCCCCGCCGUCAAUGCUCAGCAAUUCGAAACUGACUCGCCUGACGACACCCCUGAUGAGCAAAUCCCAAGGAAUCGUCGCGAGCGACGUGCCAUGGAAAAGGACGCCCGCAAGCCCAAGAAGGUCCAAGCUGUAAGAAAGGCACGCACCGAUGGCAUCAGCGCUCCUGCCGAGCCAGAGGUUGUUUCUGGUCCCCAGGGAGCCAAGAAGCGCAUCGUGGCCGAAAACGGCAAGAUUCUUGUUGUCGACUCUGUGGGCAAUGUCUUCUUGGAACACGAGACUGAGGAUGGCCAAAAGGGUGAAUUCUUGAUUGACCCCAACGAGGAACCCAAGCCCACCAUCUACGACACUCUCCUCUUCAAGCUCCCCAAGUUCGCCUACAAUCAGUCCGUCGGACGUGUCCUGGGCAAGAAAGAACUCCUCGACGAGCCCCUCCUCGAUUCAUCUGACCUCCCCGAAGACGAAGCCGCCAUCCAGAACGCCACGGCGUCCAACCUUAACGGUGAGGCAAGGAAGCGCAGAGCUAUGGCCAAGAGGGCAAGGUAGUCACUUGCAUUCUUGCACAUCAAACACUACUUUGCAUGUGGUGGGUUUCCAAAAACGUGUAGGGAUCUACGCAUGCAUGAUGGGUCGGUAGACAAAAAAAGGGGUGGGCGCGUGUACAGGCAUCUGGAAUUUGGCAGUUGCAUGUACAACAUGAGUGAUAGACUAGAUAACAAUGUUUCGUAACUCGGGUUUUCCUCACCUUCUCUGAUUAUUUUUUAUCCAACCAUGUUAAACUUCUUUGCUCAUUUUUCUUUCUUGGCUAUCAUUACUGUUCCAUUCUAUUACCCACCGUAAUGCCAAGAACGUAGUACAACGUCCUUCCCUCUCCUUACUUUUCUCCCACCGCCUCCAACAUUCCUCAACACAACUGGCCCACUCCUCAACCUCCCGACAGGAAAACACGGCCACUACCCAAUGAAUGCAGAUGCAUAAUAAUAAAAAGAUAUAAGUAAAAAGAUAAUAGUCCCAUGUCUGCCUAAUCG